AUGCCAAAAAUCCGAUAUUACAGAUGUGAUAGUGAUGAAGUCAGGGUCAAGAAUAGAGAGCUGUUUACUUCUAUAAGAAAUGGUGAUCUUAAUCGCGUUAAAUCACUUCUAGAAUGGGAUGAAGUGAAGACUAAUGUUACCGAUAAGAAUAACAAAGAUAACACCCCAUUGCACUAUGCUGUUGAACGGAACAAAAAAGAGAUAAUUGAAGAGUUACUGCAACCCAGAUGGGAAACAGAAAUCAAUCGUCAAAAUGAAGAAGGUAAUACACCAUUACAUAUUGCUUCUUAUGGCGGCAAUAAAGAACUUGUUCAAUUGCUUCUAGAAAAUAAUGCAGAUCCUGGUGUAAUGAAUAAUGAAAAAAAAACUCCUCUUGAAAUUGCUCGACUACUUAACUUGCAAGAUGUUACACAAAUGUUUGAAUUAUAUAUUCUACUAACCCCACAAGCUUCAAUUGAACAACUGUCAAAUCUACAACCAUGCAGCGAAACCAAUUCUGAAGAAGGUAAAUCAAAUGUCAUAAAUAGCAAGAGCACAAGUUUUGCUCAACAAGAGGCAGAUAAUUCUUGGACAAAAAGGGUGCAAGGCAAAGGGAGUGAAUUAGCAAUUAGCCAAAAUAGAACUAAGGAAAUUCAGCAAAAUGAAAGUUCAUUUCAUGAAAAUGAGAGGAGAAGAAAGUUGUUGACUGCUAUAGCUCAAAGUAGUUCAAUAGAAGUAAAACACCUAAUUGAAGAGGGAGUGGAUGUUAAUUUUGAAGAUGAAAAUGGUAACACUCCCCUUGGCAUUGCUAUGAAAUGCAAAGAAAAUGAAAUAAUUAAGAUACUGGGAGAGAAAACUGUACAUAAUUCUUUUGAAAUUAUUAAAGGAAAAUCAGAGAAGUGUAUCCUUUCACACUCCCCUAAGAAAGAAGAAAUGAUAGAAGAAAAAAUUAGGAAAAAAGUUAAAUUUUCCUUAGAUGCCCUAAUAAAAUUAACAGGAGAAAAAGGAGAUAUUAAAAAUUUUACCCAUAAGAAUGUUAACAUUUUUGUCCUUUUCUUAGAAGCAUUUGCUCUACAGGAUGUUGAAAUAAAUAAUAAAUUGCCACCUGAUAAGAAAAAUGAACUCAUUGUACAAUAUUUUGGAAAAGAAGACAAUGAUCUUAUCAAGGAUAUUCGAGAAAAUUUUGUGAAGAGAAGUGGUAAAGACCGUGAAAACAAAAAAAUUAUUUCGCCCAUGUACCUACAAAAUUUUGUUCCCAAAAUAAAUGGCAAGUGGGAUGUGGAAUUAUUUUUUUGUAAUUUACAAGAUUAUGUACAAGGUGUGCAUGACAAAUUAAGUGGGCUCAAACAGAGUGAGUUAAAUAAAAAAGAUUUAAAAAAUAUACUACAAUCAAAUUCUAUGCAAAAGAUUAAAGGUAAGGAAACAGUAUCAAAACUGUUUCACGAUUUUGUAAAAGAAGCCUAUAGUGAACAACCAGAACAGCAAGAGAAAGUAAUGUUUGAUCUUACUGUGAACAUUAUUCCAUUGUUUGAUGAAGAACUGAAGGAAGGAUUUGAGGAGUUAAGAAAUUUAAGACAUGAACUCAUACAUAAUUUUUACAUGUAUAGGGAUCCAACUUUGAGAUUAAAAGAAUUUAAAAGAGCAAUAUUUGAUUUAAGAUCAAAAUUAUUUAAGUAUUAUAGUGCCCAAGAAAUUCAUAACAAACUUUGUCAUGCCCGACUGGAUGAAAAAAUUGACGGAAUAAUAGAUAAUUUUAGUAAGAUACUGGAGAGUCUUGAAGAGAAGUUCCAACAGGAUUUUUUAACUUUAUCAGAAUGGGAAACUACGGGUUCUUUUGAACAUGUUUUCUCAGAAUUGUUGUUCUCAGUAAAGGAUGGUGAUGUCGAAGAUCUAGUAGAAAAGUACCUAAGAUUUUUUGCAGUAAUUGAUGAUGAAAAAAGAAGGCAAAUUGAUAAUGAAGAAGAAAGUGAAAUUUCAGAUCAUUGUAGAGAAUUAAGUGAUGUAGAAAGAAGGGAAAUAUUUGAAGAUUUUGUGAGGUUAGAGGAAAUUAAAGAGUGUGAUGACCUGUACCAAUUAAAGAAGGAAGAUUUAAAAGAGAAAUUUGGUAAAUAUGGUAUAGAAGAGUGUUAUUUCAAUAAGACAAUUCAAUUUUCUUUAGAGGGUAACAGUGCUUUUAAUAGAGAAAAUGUAAUUACAGAUAUUGUUAAAGGUUUAAUGAGUUUAAAGAUUUCCAAAGAACUUGCAGAAUAUAAAAUUUUAAAUCAAGAUAUUAUUUCCAUUUAUAGUCGUUUCAUACAGGAAGAAUUUAAAGGAGAGGUUUUCAGUUUAAAUAAUCAUAAAGAUUUAUUGAGAAACUAUUUUUUGUCAGAAAAUGCUAAACAAUUCAUUGAAAGAAAGCUUCGUAAUCUAAUAAAGAAAGAAGAAGUUAUAAACAUACCAUCUGAGGGUUUACAAAUAAAUAUUGCCAAAGUUGUUAAUAAUAUUCUCAAAACAUUCUACAAUGCCUAUCAUAAAUAUCAAAUUAAAUUUGAUAAUAUAGAAGCAGCAUUUAGUGAUAAAAUAUUUUUGGACUUUUUGGUGAGUCAAGAUGUGGAAAAAAUUAGUAAUCUAGGACCCGGUCAUUAUGGCUUUAAGUUUAAAGAUAAUAAUUAUAUAUAUCGGAUUAUUAAAAAACUACUAAAAAAAGAAUAUACAGCUCCUUAUAUCAGUAACUUGAUAACAAAAACACAAACUGAUGAAGUAAUUGAAGAAGAUGAUUUAAGAAGGCUAAUAGAAAUUUUAUUUAAAAAAAAUAGAUAUAUAAUAUAUCUUAGCGAAUUACUGUAUGUCAGAAGUGAAAAACCUAAUUUUAAUUUGUAUGAAGUUGUUUAUGAAAUUUUUGAAAAGAGUGAUAUAAAUGCUGAAAGUAUGCAGAUUUUGUUAGCCAGUCCUAAACAUGCUAGAGAGUUGAUUAGUUUAUUGUAUAAGAAAUUUGAUGUUAAUGAUUAUAUUCCUGAUAAAACAAUUGAAACUACAAAAAUAAUUCUUAAAAUAUUGAAUGAUGUAAUUCUAGAAUUGAUAUACAAGAGUAAGAAUGAUAAGGCACUUGAAAUAUUGGCUGGUAUAGACAAAAAUGACAGCUGUAAUAGUCCAGGCCUGAUACUGUACAAAAAAUUAGAAAAUAAAGGAUUUAUAGAUAUUAAUGAUAAUUUGCUUAUUGAUUAUCAGCUCAAUAUAGUUAAAGCCAAAAAUGCUGAAGGACAAGAAAAAACAAGGCAAAAGAAGCCCAAAGAAGCAAGAGUGUUGUAUGAAGAAGCAUUGAAAAUUUUGGAAAAAAUACCAGCAAAUGAAUCUCCAAAGUCUUUACUUGCUUUGAGUCGUAAAGCAUACACCCACACUUUACUUGAAAAUUAUGAUGAUUCUUAUAAAGAAUGCCAUGACUUAUACAAGUUAGUGAUAAAAAUUGCUCUUGGGUCAGAUGUAAAUGGUGGAUUUAUUACCAAAGAUAUUUUUAAUCAGAUUAAAAAAUCAGUUAACUACGAGGAUCUCUUGAGUGCAUCUGAUGAAUGCAGAAAAUACCUUAACAUUAUCAGCAUCAAAAAAUCUAUUGCCUACAAUGAAUUUAAACAAGGAGUGAGAAAGAGUCAAGAUGAAGCAAUAAUGUAUUUUGAAAAAGCUCUGACAACUUGCAAAGAAAUUCUAAAUUUAGAAAAAACAGAUUACAGUGAAGAGUAUAAAACCAUUUUACCAACUAGAAAAAGAAUUAUUCUUAUACAUCAAAAUAUUGGCCAAUUAUGUUUCUCAUUAAAUGAGUAUUUGAAAGCAUUAUGGUAUUUUUAUUGUGCUUUACAAGAAGCAACUAUUGUCUUUAGAAGAGAAAGAGAUAUACUUGGCAUUUGGGGGAUUGGAAGAAGCAUGAGGUCUAUUCUAGAUAAAUUGAAUAGAAUUGCAAUUUCUCACAAUAAACUUGGUGAAGAGUCAUCACAUGAACAAGCUAUUUACCAUUACAAUAAUGCAUUAUACAUUUAUAAGAAAGUAUACAGUAUUCAAAAGGAUAUAUUUGGUGAAGAACAUAAAGGUACCAUAAAAACCCAAAAAUCUAUUGCAUUUACUCUUAUUAAACUUGGUGAAUCAUCAGAUAAACAAGAAGCUUUAGAAUGUUUUUAUAAUUCAAGCAAAAUUUAUGAACAGGUGUAUGAAAUUCAAAAAGACCUUCUGGGUGAAGAACACGAAGAUACAUUGAAAACCAAUAUCAACAUUGCAUUUACUUUUAUCAAACUUGGUGAAGAAUCAACAAAUAAAUAUGAAGUUCUAGGACAUUUUUAUAAUGCACUCACCAUUUAUGAUAAGACUUACAAAAUUCAAAAAGAUAUUGGUAAGGAUGACAAAGACAGUUCAAAAACCCUAAAUAAUAUUUUAAAGACUAAAAAUCAUAUUGCUUUUACACUUAUUAAGCUUGGUGAAGAGCCAUUCAAUAAAGAGACAUUAGAACAUUUUAAUAAGGCUCUUGAUAUUUAUGAAGAACUUUAUGAUGUUCAGAAAGAGAUUUUUGGAGAGGAGCAUUCAGACACAUUAAAAACUAAAAUCAGUAUUGCAGGUACAUACAAUAAACUUGGUAAUACAUCAUCUGAUAAACAAGAAGCACUAAUUUAUUUUAAUAAUGCACUAACCAUUUAUGAAAAGAUUCACAAAAUUCAAAAAGAUUUUGGUAAAGAUCAUGAAGAUAGCUUAAGAAUCCUAAAUAAUAUUUUAAGAACUAAAAGUUACAUUGCAUAUAUACAUAAUAAACUUGCUGAAGAAUCAUGCAAUGAAGGAGCCCUAGUACAUUUUAAGAAGGCUCUUGCUAUAUAUGAGGAACUUUUUAACAUUCAAAAAGAUCUUUUUGGAGAAGAACAUGCAGACUCAUUAAGAACCAAAAUCAAUAUUGCAUUUACAUAUACUAAACUUGGUAAUGAAUCAUUUUGUAAAAAAGAAGCACUUGAACAUUUUAUGAAUGCUCUCAACACUUUUUGUAAGGUUUACAAAAUUCAAAAAGAUCUUGGUAAAGAUGAUAAAGAAAGUUCAAAAACCCUAAAUAAUAUUUUGAGAACAAAUAAUAAUAUUGCAUUUACACUUAAUAAACUCAGCAAAGAAUCAUCUAAUAUACAAGAAGCACUAGUACAUUUUUACGAUGCAGUAAAUAUUUUUGAGAAGAUUAAUAAAAUUUUAAAAGAUUUUGGUGAAGAUGAUGAAGACUGUUCAAAAACCCGAAACAGUAUUCUAUGGACUAAAAAUAAUAUUGCAUUUAUGCAUAAUAAACUUGGUGAAGAGACAGAUUGUGAAGAGGCACUUAAACAUUUUAAUAAAGCUCUUGUUUUGUAUGAGGAAAUUUAUGUAAUUCAGAAAGAUCUUGAAGGAGAAGAUCAUGAGGAUGCAUUAAAAACCCAAAUAAAUAUUGCAUUUACAUACAAUAGGCUUGGAAAUUACUCAACUGAUAAACAAGAAGCACUUGUAAAUUUUAAUAAUGCUCUAACCAUGUAUAAUAAGAUUUAUAAAAUUCAAACAGCUCUCUAUAAAGAUCAUGAAGACAAUUUAAAAACACUAAAUAAUAUUUUGAGAACUAAAAGUAAUGUUGCAUUUACACAUAAUAAACUUGCUGAAGAAUCAUCCAUUGAGAAAUCACUAGAACAUUUAAAUAAGGCUCUUGCUAUAUAUAAAGAACUUCAUGACAUUCAGAAAAAUCUUUUAGAUUUUGGUUGGAUGAAAUAGUUGGCAAAGAAGCUAAGAUAUCCAUAACACAGCUGUGAUAUUAGUCAUGCAGGUAGUCCAAGAGGUGCUGAAAAUGUUUCCAUCAUGUGAUUAAAGAAAAUAUUUAAAAUGCAAAUGACAGUAAUAUUUAUUAAUCAUGUAUAUGGUAAUUAAUUAUUUUCUCUCCUUUCUACAAUGUGGAUUUCGUGAGUUUAAUAUGGAUAUUUUUCAGAAUAUUAGUGUCUGUUUAUUAAGGUCAGAAAACAAAUACAAUGAAAUGGAUAUUUUCCUUUUCUGAUUUUUUUACUCAAAUAAACUAAUCAUGUAAUGUGAACCAUUUACACUAGCCUGCUUACAGAUGAUAAAUAUAAGUACUAGAACUUCAAAUGUAGGGUAUUCUGAAAAUAUUGAACUAUAUUUUCAUAAUUCAGAUAUUUUUAAGAAAACUAUUAAAUAUUUGGAUUUUAGAAGCAAUCGAAUAUGAAUAAAAUUCAGUUUCUAGAAUAUAAAUAAAAAAUAAAAUAAAAUUGUUGAUAUGUGUACAUUUCUCUUCAUUUA